UCGCGGCGGCGCGGCGACUCUGGGUGGGGGAGCGGCCUCCGUCAGCCACGCCGGCGUGUCCCCCGCGGGCCCCCGCGGCCGGAGAGAUGCCGUACCUCGGCUCCGACGACGCGGUGAAGGAGUUGAAGAAGGCCCUGUGCAACCCGCACGUCCAGGCCGACCGGCUGCGCUACCGGAGCGUCAUCCAGCGCGUGAUUAGGCACAUGACUCAGGGAUUGGACAUGUCUGCUGUUUUCAUGGAGAUGGUGAAGGCCAGUGCCACCAUGGAUAUUGUUCAGAAGAAGUUGGUUUAUCUGUACAUGUGCACCUAUGCCCCUCUGAAACCAGACUUGGCUCUCCUGGCCAUCAACACUCUGUGCAAAGACUGCUCGGACCCCAACCCAAUGGUGCGAGGGCUGGCACUACGGAGCAUGAGUAGCCUCAGGAUGCCUGGUGUACAGGAAUAUAUCCAGCAGCCCAUUCUCAAUGGUCUGCGGGAUAAGGCUUCAUAUGUUAGGAGAGUGGCCGUUCUUGGAUGUGCCAAAAUGCACAAUCUUCAUGAAGACUCUGAAGUGGAUGGUGCCCUGGUGAAUGAAUUAUACAGCCUGCUCCGUGACCAGGAUCCAAUUGUGGUUGUGAACUGCCUGAGAUCUCUGGAGGAAAUUCUGAAACAGGAAGGCGGUGUGGUCAUCAAUAAGCCCAUUGCUCACCAUCUCUUAAAUCGCAUGUCAAAACUGGACCAGUGGGGCCAAGCUGAAGUCUUGCACUUCCUGCUGCGCUACCAGCCACGCAGUGAGGAAGAGCUGUUCGACAUCCUCAACCUCCUAGAUGGCUCUCUGAAGAGCGGUAGCCCUGCAGUGGUGAUGGCAGCCACGAAGCUCUUCCUGAUUCUGGCCCAGAAGUUCCCUCACGUCCAGACAGACGUGCUGGUGCGGGUCAAAGGGCCCUUGCUGGCUGCCUGCUCCUCAGAGAGCCGUGAGCUCUGCUUUGCUGCCCUUUGUCACGUGCGCCAAAUCCUGCGGAGUUUGCCCGGCCACUUCAGCAGCCACUACAAGAAGUUCUUUUGCUCCUACUCGGAGCCCCACUACAUCAAGCUCCAAAAAGUGGAGGUGUUGUGUGAGCUGGUGAAUGACGAGAAUGUGCAACAGGUACUGGAGGAGCUUCGAGGGUACUGUACCGAUGUGUCCGCUGACUUUGCCCAGGCUGCCAUCUUUGCCAUAGGCGGCAUUGCCAGGACCUACACAGAUGAGUGUGUAAAGAUCCUCACGGAGUUGCUUGGCCUUCGACAGGAGCACAUUACCACUGCCGUGGUGCAGACCUUCCGCGACCUGGUCUGGCUGUGUCCUCAGUGCACGGAAGCUGUGUGUCAGGCCCUGCCCGGCUGUGAGGAGAGCAUUCAAGAUAGUGAGGGAAAGCAAGCACUAAUUUGGCUCCUGGGCAUCCAUGGGGAAAGAAUUCCCAAUGCACCUUAUGUGUUGGAAGACUUUGUGGAGAACGUGAAGUCGGAGACGUUCCCUGCUGUCAAGAUGGAACUCCUCUCAGGCCUGCUGCGCCUCUUCCUCUGCCGGCCUGCUGAGUGCCAGGACACGCUGGGCCGCUUGCUGUGUUACUGCAUAGAGGAAGAGAAAGACAUGGCAGUUCGGGACCGAGGGCUCUUCUAUUAUCGCCUCCUGUUGGCGGGCAUUGAUGAGGUAAAGCGGAUCCUGUGUAGCCCUAAAUCUGACCCUUCUCUUCGGCUUUUGGAGGAUCAGGCAGAAAGACCGGUGAAUAGCUGGGCCGCCGACUUCAACACUCUGGUGCCUGUGUAUGGCAAAGCCCGCUGGGCAACAAUCUCCAAGUGCCAGGGGCCAGAGCAUCGUGGCCUGGAGCCUGCCAACUCUGCAUCUUUUGCCACGUCAGGACCUUUGAUUCUUGAAGAGAACCAGGAGAGGGUGCAGGAACUCCCCGACUCUGGAGCCCUCAUGCUCAUCCCCAAUCGUCAGCUGACGGCAGAGUCUUUUGAGAGAACAUGGCUAAGCCUGGAUGUUGCUCAGCAGCAGGUGAUCCCCUGGCAGGGAACAGUUCAUGCUGAUACCCUCCAGAUGGCUCUGCAAGUAGUGAACAUCCAGACCAUCGCAAUGAGCAAGCCUGGCGCCCGGCCAUGGAAAGCCUACCUCAGCGCACAGGAUGAGGCUGGAUGUCUAUUCUUGACAGAACUUGUGGUGGAGCCUGAGAACACGGAAGUGCAGAUCUCUGUCAAACAAAGUGAGGCGAGCAUGGAGACCCUGAACGGUUUCAUGUCAGUCUUAGAGAUGGUGAUUGGGACCGUUGGAAACAUAAAGUCCUAACCAGGCUUCGCAGUUCUUAGAAGCUUCUUCCUAGAGGAGUUGCUUACAACCUGGAUAAUGUCAAGUGCAAAGAAAAUUGGGAGGGGCAAGGCUCAGAAUUUUUAUGUUUCUGCCUAAAGACCAUUGACUUGCUUCUUUCAUUCUUAUGUUCCAGUGAAUGCCUCUCCCAGACUCCCUCACUCCCAUAUAUUUUUUUAAAUAAAAGUUUGUGUGGGUAAGGGAUGAAAAUGGAUGAGGAGAGGAUUUGGAUUCAGUGUUAGGGGCUGGUUUACUAAUGUCUUAUAUGUAUUGAAACUGGAAUUGUCACUUGCGGAGGGUCAACUUUUCUGCCGUGAAUCAUUGUAGUGAGUUCUGGGCUAUUCUCAUAGUGCUACUCAUGCUUUGGAAGCCAGAAAUCAAAGUCCCUAGAGCAUCGUCCACAGAAGUUCUUCAGUGUCCUGCCUCAUCGUUCUCUGAACAACCUCUUCUGGGAAAGCACGCCUUCCCCGUUCCUUCCCUAGGCACGCCCUUUCACCUCAGGGUCCCAUGGACUUUCAUUUCUUGCCUAGGACAUUCUCUCACCUGCCUGUCUUCUUUGUUUAUUAAGUAACACCGAGGCUAUCUCUCAUUACUCAGCUCAGUCACGUGUUCUUUCUGGAAGUUUCCUGGGGCACAGCUCUCACUGAGGCUCUCAGUCAAGCAGAGCCUAUGUCUCACAGUAACUGUCUAGAUUGUGGGUGUUUUUUUAUCCUCCGCCUCACUUUAAAUUUUAUUCAUAUCUAAGGGGGGACUGGGGAGAUAGCACAAUGAGCAGGGUACUUGCCUUGCACACAGGUAGCCUGGGCUCAACCCCAUAUAGUUCCAGAGCUCUGCCAAGUGUGGAUCCCCAAAACAAAACAUAAAACAACAACAACAACAAAGUUUUACUUAUACCUGACUGCACUUUAUACACUUAAUUAAGGCAACUUAUAUGUGAAGGCAAAACAGAUGUAAAAAAAAUGAUGGUUAAAGUAUAUCUAACUAGAGAGGCCAGACCAGAGAGAAGGAAAUACCAAUGAAGACCAGCUGUUUCAGAGCGGUUUAGGUUCCAUAAAGCUGAGCCUUGGAUUUCGCUCUGUGAAUGUUUUGGCAAAGUAAAGAAAAAUAAUUAUAGAGUUGUCAUCAGAAAAAAUAAAUCAUGGGUUGGAGCUAUAGUACAGCGGGUAGGGCCUUUGCCUAGCACGUGGUUGACCCAGGUUAAUCUCCAGCAUCCCAUAUGGUCCUCCAACCACUGCCAGGAGUAAUUUCUGAGUGUAGAGCCAGGAGUGACCCCUGAGCAUUGCUGGGUGUGACCCAAAAAAGAGAAAAAAGGAAUAAACCAUCCGAUUCUAAUUUCUAGGAGGAAUUUUUUACUUAUGGUUUCACUUUGGUGGCAUUAUGUUAUAAAGGAUUUCCUUGGUUUUCCAGGACUGUUUAAUUGCUGUGUGUCCAUGAAAACAGUGAACAUGGAACGUCUUAAGGCUUCUUGUUCAAAGAUUUAAGAUACAUAAUUCAAAUAUGUACUUAAUUUAAGGCCAGGGAUGUGCUCAGUGAUGGAAUUCAUGCCUUGCAUGUGGAGGAUCUGGAUUCAAUCUUUGACACCACAUUUUAAAGAAAUGUGUGGGACCAAAAGAUUUAUUUUAUUUAUUUAUUUAUUUUUGGUUUUUUGGGUCAUACCCGGCGAUGCACAGGGGUUAUUCCUGGCUCAUGCACUCAGGAAUUACUCCUGGCGGUGCUCGGGGGACCAUAUGGGAUGCUGGGAAUCGAACCUGGGUUGGCUACGUGCAAGGCAAACACCCUACCCACUGUGCUAUCACUCCAGCCCAUGGGACCAAAAGAUUUAGAGUCCUUGGCUUCACAUGACAACCUGGUUCCAUCCCUGGAUCACAUAUGGUCCCCCAGCACUGCCAGGAGUGAUCCCUGAGUGCAGAUGCCUGAGCUCUGCUGGGUGUGGCCCAAACAAAACAAAAUGAAUUGAGUAAAUUGAGUUUUAAAACUAAAGACUGAGCAUAGACAUAAAAGAUGUGAAGUAGCAUUCAGUAAUUGAAAAAAUAAGUGACCUAACUCUUAGAGUGUUUAGAAGAUUAAAUUUUGGGUCUGGGAGGUGAAUCAGUGGUAGAUCACAUACCUUGCAUAUAUGAAGCCCUGGAGUCAAUCUCCAGCAACAUACACUUAAAAAAAAUUAAAUUAUACUUUCUUUUGUAUAAUGUGAAGGGCAUGGCCGCAUAAGAAACUCUUGCUUUUGAAAGUGUAAAAUUAAAUGAUUCAAUAAUUUAUUUUGGAACAAAAUGAUUUCUAUUGGGGGGGGUGGGUGGUCGUGUCUGGCAGUGCUUGGGGGAAUGCUCAGGGUGCCAUGGAUCAAACCCAGGCCUCUCACUUGCAAGGGUUUCUUUCAGCCCUUUCAGCUAUCUUUCUGACUCCAGACUUUAUUUCUCUUGAUUCCAAUCUUACAAAUUCACAAGCAAACUGACAAAAGCUUAAGCAAACGCAAGGCUGAUUAUUUAACAUUCCUUCUCCGAGGAGCGCUCUCUACUCUCUAGCCUCUGUAAGCGCUGGU